AGAAAUGGGAGCUGCUAUUUGUAGUUGAAAUAAAACUUCUGACCAGAUCACUUUUUCUAGUGGGAGGCCUGGAAAUACCAAUCACGGCGCCAAGCGUCUAUUACCUGGAGGUGAAACUCCAAUAUGGAGGGAGAAGAAUAUAUAUGAUAAAAAGGAGUCUCUAUCAACCUCCUCUAUUUCUGAUGAUACUGAUCUCUCUAACUUUGCAGAACGGUUCAAUAUUAGAAGAGACCCAAUUAACAAAUCUUAUAAACUUGGGAAAAUAAUUGGUCUAAGCUUCUCUACAAUCAUUAGAGAGGGCUUUGACUUAUCCAAUACUGACAGAAAAGUCUUUAUCAGAAGCCUAGAAUGGGAGUCAAUUAAUUCUGAAGCAGAAGACUACAUGGACGUCCUCAGACGACAACAAAAAAUUGACCAUCCUAAUAUUUGUGGAGUAGAAGAGUAUUUCAGAGACGAAGAUUAUCUCUAUAUUGUUACUGAAUUUUCAGAGGGAAUAUACUUGAAAGAUUUCAUAUUUGAAAAUAAAUGAAGUGAUGAAUGUGCUACAAUGAUUAUUCACCAACUUUUGGAUUGUGUGAAAUAUCUCAAUUCACUAGGAUUUUACAAAAAUAAUAUUUCGGUAAAUAAUAUAAAAAUUGACCCCGAUUCACUUGAGAUUAAGUUAGAAAAUUUCGACCUGCCUUAUCAAUUUAAAGGCCUAAAAUCGAAAUUUAUAGACUACAGUUCAAAUUCAAGAGUCACCCGUCAAAGCAUCAAGGAUGAUCUUCACAGCAUUGGAGUGGUUACAUCCAAAAUUUGUAGCCAAAAGGAUGAAAUUACACUUGAUUUCAUCAAUAAAUGUUGAGGAGACUCAAAAGGUCCCAGGCUUUCUGUCGAAAAAGCCUUCGAUCAUGGUUUCUUCUAUUUUAGAUCUUAUCAAAAAUCUAUCUAUGAUGACAGUACUAAGGUAAUUUGAAGUCUAUCAAGUGUGCAUGACUCCGAUUGCUCAUUUGAGUCUUCAAUUUAUCCCUUCUAGUUUUUGGUCAUUAUCUACUUUAAUAACACAUUUUGUAUAAAUAAUCACCUCCAUUUC